UGUACCCUGCGCCGCUGCAAUAAACCAGUCUGACACCGCCAUGCGAGGUCUUUUACCGGGCUCCUGCCUCCUCCCGUGCGGGGCACCGCGACCGCCGCCGCGCUGCUACGGCAGCCUAACGGCGACCCGCUGAUUGGCCGGCGGCGAGGAGCUGUCUGUCGCUGAUUGGCCGUGGUGGGCGCGGCUCCUCGUUCCGAUUGGCUGCCCUCUCCCGCCCUCUUCCGGGGGGAAGCUUGGCGCCGGUGAGCAAGAUGGCGGCGGCCGCGCUGGGUCUGUGGUGGCUCCUGGCGGCGGCGGCGGCGGCGGCGGCCGGCGCUGAGGGGGGACCCCGCACCCUGGUGCUGCUGGAGAACAGCAACCUCCGCGACACGCACUCGCUCUUCUUCCGCAGCCUCGCGGACAGGGGCUUCGAUCUCACCUUCCGCACGGCGGAUGAUGCUGGCCUGUCCCUGAUAAAAUAUGGAGAGUUUCUGUACGACAACUUGAUCAUCUUCUCGCCCUCCAUAGAAGAUUUUGGUGGAAACAUCAACGUGGAGACAAUCACGGCCUUCAUUGAUGGCGGUGGCAGCGUCCUUGUCGCCGCCAGCUCGGACAUUGGUGACCCGCUGCGAGAGCUGGGCAGCGAGUGUGGGAUCGAGUUUGAUGAGGAGAGGACAGCUGUCAUCGACCAUCACAACUAUGAUAUAUCCGACCCAGGCCAGCACACACUCAUAGUUGCGGACACUGAAAACCUCCUGAAGGCCCCCACCAUCGUGGGGAGAGCAGCACUGAACCCCAUCCUGUUCCGAGGAGUUGGGAUGGUGGCUGAUCCUGACAACCCACUGGUACUGGAUAUCCUGACCGGCUCUUCCACCUCUUACUCCUUCUUCCCAGAUAAACCCAUUACUCAGUACCCACACGCGGUGGGGAAGAACACGCUCCUGAUCGCCGGACUCCAGGCCCGGAACAACGCCCGUGUGGUAUUCAGUGGAUCCUUGGAUUUCUUUAGUGAUGCCUUCUUCAAUUCUGCUGUGCAGAAAGCGACUCCUGGCUCCAAGAGGUACUCACAGACGGGUAAUUACGAGCUGGCCAUUGCCCUGUCCCGCUGGGUGUUCAAGGAAGAGGGAGUGCUGCGCGUCGGAGCCGUGUCCCACCAUCGCGUGGGGGAACUCACACCUCCCAGUGCCUACACCGUCACCGACCUCGUGGAGUACAGCAUUGUCAUCGAGAAGCUUUCUGAUGGCAAGUGGGUCCCCUUCGAUGGAGAUGACAUUCAGCUGGAGUUUGUCCGCAUCGAUCCCUUUGUGCGGACCUUCCUGAAGAGGAAUGGUGGCAAGUACAGCGUGCGCUUCAAGCUGCCGGACGUCUACGGCGUGUUUCAGUUCAAGGUGGAUUAUAACCGCCUGGGUUACACCCACCUCUACUCCUCCACCCAGGUGUCCGUGCGUCCCCUCCAGCACACGCAGUACGAGCGGUUCAUCCCCUCGGCGUACCCGUACUACGCCGGUGCCUUCUCCAUGAUGGUCGGUCUCUUCAUGUUCAGCAUUGUCUUCCUGCACAUGAAGGAGAAGGAGAAAUCCGACUGAGCUCCCUAUGGAGCGAGAAGAGCCUCUUCCCUGGCGCUGGGCUGCACUCGGGCCUUUUGGUUGUAUCCGUGUGAGGACUGGUAGGUGCCAGACACACCCUGGAUUUGUAUUUGGUCUUUUUAUUUUUACACAGAGCAAGGAUUAAUAGGAAAGAAAAUAAAAUUGGGGGGCGACAGGGAUGGAAAUCUGUCCCUGAAGUGUCUGCAGCCCUGAAACCACGACAGUUCCGGCGCUCUUCCCUCAUGGAUUCGUGACCGUUGUCUCGCGCUGCUGUUGGAAUGGUUUUGGUUUGACAUUAACUCCCUUUUCCAAAAUAAAGUCUUGUUCCUGUGUCCCCA